AUGGCGACGACGACGGCGAAAUCGGAAAUUGCCUUUAUCGGCCUCGGAGCCAUGGGCUUCGGCAUGGCCACCAACCUGGUCAAGCAGGGCUACAAAGUAACCGGCUUCGAUGUCUGGCCGCCGACCCUCGAGAAAUUCAAGGCGGCGGGAGGGAGCGUUGCCUCAACACCCGCGGAGACGGUCAAGGACAGGGACUACUGCGUGUGCAUGGUGGCAACGGCCCAGCAGGCCCAGGCAGUGUUGUUCGAAGGGGAGAACCCGGCUGUCCCGGCGCUGCCCAAGGGUGCAUCGUUAUUACUUGCUUCGACGGUGCCGUGUGCAUAUGUUCAGAGUCUAGAGAAGCAGCUGGCAGAGGCAGGCCGAGACGACAUCAAGCUGAUUGACUGUCCCGUCUCUGGCGGUGCUGGAAGGGCGGCGGAUGGUACACUCUCCAUCAUGGCAGGAGGUUCCGAUGCUGCCAUUGAACAGGGCAAGUUCCUCUUGCAAGAGAUGUCAGAUCCGCAGAAGCUGUACAUCGUCAAGGGAGGGAUCGGAGCCGGCAGCAACAUGAAGAUGUGCCAUCAAGUCCUCGCCGCCGUGCAGAUCCUCGCUGCGAGCGAGGGGAUGGGGUUCGCGAGCCACCUCGGACUCGACCUCGGGUUGGCGCGAGACAGGAUCCUCAAGUCGGACGCGUGGGCGUGGAUGUUCGAGCAUAGAGUUCCGAGGAUGCUGACGCCGGACUUCCAGCCCAUCGCCAGCGCCUUGACCAUCAUCCUGAAGGACUCUGGCAUUAUCACCUCGGAGGCGGGACGUACCGGGUUCCCUACGCCGAUGACGAGUACGGCCGAGCAGGUCUACUUUUCGGGACUCGGCCGAGGAUACGGCCCGGACGACGACAGUAGUCUUAUCAGACUGUACACGGAAGGCAAGGGGAAGAUAGGCCCGGUCAAGGGGCUAGCUGUCGACGAUGAGGCAAAACUGGCACUGGUGUUGGCCCUACUUAAAGGGAUAUACCUGUGCUCGGCCGCAGAAUCCAUCGCCUUCGCCAAACGCUGUAAUCUGGAUCUGGACCAGGUCUACGAGCUGUGUAUGAACGCCGCAGGAGGAAGCAAGAUGUUUGAGACCGUCGGGCCGGAGAUCAUGAAGCUUUGCCGUGGAGAGAAGCCGUCGACUGUUGGCGAGAACCUCAGAGACGCCGCCCAAAAGCUCCAGGAUGCUGUGUUAGAGGCUCAACGGCUGAAGGCUCCUGUGUUUCUGGGUACGCAGGCGCUGAACUUGGUGCGGCUGGCUUUGCAACAUGCACCCCAGGAGGCCGAGAAAUUGCCCAGUGCUAUGGUGGCGAAGGUGUGGGCUGUAUAA